ACGCUUCACGUUCCCGGAAGUGGGAGGUGCCCGCUGGAGUUUGUGUGGUCGCCGCGGGAACGCGAGCCCGGUAAUUUUUCAACCGAGAAAGACAAGGUUUUCGGGCUUGGCCGGGUGAGACUGAGGGAGUAGAGGGCUCCAGCAGCUCUCUUCUGACGUGACACGCGACAUGGAGGAUGAGCAGACCCUCCAGCCUGGCGACGAGGCCGUGGCUCCCGCGCAGCGCGCGUCUCCUGGGUCGGAGUGCGGGGACGAAGCCCAGCGUCCGAAUCCUGAGAAAAAGCAACGAUGUAGACUUGAUGGCCAAGAAACAAAAGCAUCUACGUUGAUUACCUCCAGUGCAAAUGAUUUCAGUGACCCAGUUUACAAAGAGAUUGCGAUUACGAAUGGUUGCAUUAACAGAAUGAGUAAGGAAGAGCUCAGAGCCAAACUUUCAGAAUUCAAGCUUGAAACCAGAGGUGUAAAGGAUGUACUAAAGAAGAGACUGAAAAACUAUUACAAGAAGCAGAAGCUGAUGUUGAAAGAAAGCAAUUGUGCUGACAGUUACUACGAUUACAUUUGUAUUAUUGACUUUGAAGCCACUUGUGAAGAGGGAAACCCACCUGAGUUCAUACAUGAAAUAAUUGAAUUUCCUGUUGUUUUACUGAAUACUCAUACCUUAGAAAUAGAAGAUACGUUUCAGCAGUAUGUGAGACCAGAGAUUAACACCCAACUUUCUGACUUCUGCAUCAAUCUAACUGGAAUUACUCAGGAUCAAGUAGACAAAGCCGAUACCUUCCCUCAGGUACUGAAAAAAGUCAUUGACUGGAUGAAACUGAAGGAAUUAGGGACAAAGUAUAAAUAUUCCAUAUUAACAGAUGGUUCAUGGGAUAUGAGUAAGUUCUUGAACAUUCAGUGCCAGCUAAGCAGGCUCAAAUAUCCACCUUUUGCCAAAAAGUGGAUCAAUAUUCGAAAGUCAUAUGGAAACUUUUACAAGGUUCCUCGAAGCCAAACUAAGCUGACAAUAAUGCUUGAAAAACUCGGAAUGGAUUACGACGGGCGGCCUCACAGUGGUCUUGAUGACUCUAAGAACAUUGCACGAAUAGCAGUUCGAAUGCUGCAGGAUGGAUGUGAACUCCGGGUCAACGAGAAAAUGCAUGCGGGGCAGCUAAUGAGUGUGUCCUCUUCACUACCAAUAGAGGGCACUCCAGCACCACAAAUGCCACAUUCCAGAAAAUAACAGCAUUUUUGCCCUUUUGCCUGUGGAUCAUUCGCUGUAACUGGAGCUGCUACAAAGAGGUAGCAGAUGAAUACCUAUUGAAUUAGUCCUGCAGUGCAAAAUUUAAGCACCUUAAACAUUUAAAAUCUUAUUACAGUAAUAGGUAUACACAUACAUAUGUGAACAGAUUCCGUGGGAGGGCAUAUUGAAUUCCUUGUCACCAGCACUUUUGAUAUGAGCAGUAUUUGUUACACAGUAACAGUUCCUGCUUAGAAUUGAAUUUUAUAAUUUAAGGUGUCCAAGAUGUGUUUCUUUGGGUUUAAAAUGCAAAGGUUUAUUGGCUCUCCCCUUGAAUGUCAUAUCUUACUGAUGUUAAAAUAUGUGAUGUAUUUCUACAUUAACAUCAUUAGAUCAGAUCAUUUCUUCAAAUGCAGAAAAGAUCAGAAAGGUGGGCCUUUAUCUACUAGCCUUUGGGUUUUAAGAAUAUCAGAGUCCUUUUGAUUUUUGAAGCUUAUUUGUGAACAUGAGCUGUGAGUGGUAAAUUUCAUAAAGAACUUAGUAAACAUAUCUGCCUGUGUUUUUUUUUGGUUUGUUUGUUUUUUCUUUAUAACUGGAAGGCUCGUGAUAGAUUAUAGGGUCUGAUUAAAAAUUCAGUUACUGAUGAGGUCAAUGGAAAGUCAAAAGAAAAUAUCAUAUAAAGGAAUAUAAGGGCUACAGCUUGAAGUUUAUAAUAUAUAGAUAAAUCAUUGAGGUCUUGGAUUUGGUUUUUUGGUUCCUCUCCCUCUUGUGACAUAUCUGCCCUAUUUCUUAAAUCUAAGAGACCAUGCUUUGAAUUAGACUUUCAAGGUCACUACUUAAUUUUGCAUUUGUAUUCAACAUUGUGAGUGAGGUUAAUAAAGUCGAAUAAUACUUUCUACCA